GCAAAGAUGAAAUCGUAAAAUAUUUUAAAUCAAGUUGAUUUAAGUUAGACUUAUAAAGAAAAAACUAAUGAUAUCCUUGAUAUACAAUAUGAUCAAUCAUUUAAACCUCAUUAUGGAAAAAACUUCAUGUUUAGAUUUUAUAAUGGUCAGCCGUAAAUAACAAUCGGUCCGCAUUGUAAUUUUGUUAUUUCAAUGAAGGGCCUCUGAGUGUUUGCACUAUUAUUUCGAUAAUUGUGGGAACUUAUUUCAUUAGUGCUAUCAUUUACAUUAAAUCAGGUAUAUGGCAUAGUUCAGGAUCGGUACUGAGCGGUUUAAUAUUGGAAAUCUGCUAUUUAAGAGUUUUUCUAAAAAAUCCAGGAAUUAAUUUUACUUCAACCUAUGUGGCAAAAACUUAGAGUAAUAAUUUUACUAAUUGAAAAUUUUUAGAAUCUUGUUAACAAUGUAAUCUCGAAAAAGAAUAUGGAACCUAUCAUUGUUAUUAAUGUAAUAUUUGUGUAAAAGGUUAUGAUCAUCAUUGUCCUUGGGUUGGAAAAUGUAUAGGAGAAGGCAAUAUCAAAGAAUUCUAAAUGUUCUUGAUAUCAAUUUUAAUUUUUUUUUCUUGCAAUUUAUUUUUAAUCAUGAUUUGA